ACUUCUUUGUAAUAUCAGCUCUGUUUAGAGCUCGACUCCUCAGUUAUCAGCUCUCGGGACAGACAGCGUGAAGUCUCCACCGCACUGCUGUUAUUUCUACACGACCAUUCACACGAUUUACAACUUACAACAAACGGGGGAAACAUUUGCCUAAACUUUUGGGGUUUGCGACCUCCUCUAGCGAACUACAUCCUCGACGACAAACAAGCCUCUCUCUCCCUCUCGGUCUCUCAUUCUACUCUUGCAGCAAGAACAGGGAAACACCCAUCAGGGACAUCACAAAUCUUUUUGUGAAAUCGACAAAGGAAUUCUUGCAGAGGAGUUGAAGUCCCUGAGCAGGACACUGUUGGAAUGAUGGCCCAAGAAGACGGGGACUAUGUAAACGACACUUAUGAAUACAUGGAAUAUGGAUAUGUAGAAGAGACCAAGGCUGGAGGCUACACUCAGAGAGAAACUCUUCACAUCAUUUCAGCGAUUAUCUACAGCCUGGCGUUUACUCUGGGUGUAAUUGGGAAUGGCAUGGUCAUCUGGGUGACCGCCUUCAAAAGCAAACGGACUGUGAACAGCAUUUGGCUGCAGAAUCUGGCCAUCGCUGACUUUGUGUUUGUUCUUUUCCUGCCGUUCUCCAUCGACUACGUGCUGCGAGACUUUCACUGGAUCUUCGGGAAGAUGAUGUGCAAGCUGAACUCGUUCGUGUGCACCAUGAACAUGUACGCCAGCGUGCUGUUUCUGACCGUCCUGAGCUUGGAUCGCUACAUCUCACUGGUCCACCUGAACUGGUCGGAAAGGUACCGAAACGUUCGGAGGGCCUGGUGGGUGUGUGCACUCAUUUGGUUCACGUCCUUCUGUCUAAGCUCUCCGGCGUUGAUAUUCCGUGACGUAAUCGAGCAUAACGAGAAGGUUGUGUGUUUUAAUAACUUUCAUGAUGAGGACAACAAGCACAUGUUAGUGGUGAGGCACAUUGCGAUGGUUUCGCUGCGCACCAUCGUGGGAUUUCUGCUUCCGUUUGCAACCAUCACCAUCAGCGGCGUUCUGCUGGCUAUUAAGAUGCGGCAGUCCGACUCGGUACGUGUGAACAGCUUCUCCAGAACCGUCUCUGCUGUGAUCCUUGCUUUCUUCUUAUGUUGGGUGCCUUUUCACACGUUCAGCCUGAUGGAGCUGAGCAUGCAUCACACCACCUACCUGCACUCCGUGCUCAUCGUGGGCUUCCCACUCGCCACCAGCCUGGCCUUCUUCAACAGCUGCGUCAACCCGAUCCUGUACGUACUGCUAACCAAGAAGGUGCGUAAACUGGUGAGAAAAUCGUUUUUGAACUUCACCAAGAACUCGCUGAGGGAGCUCAGUCAGUCUGUGUCUGCGACGGAGUUAGACUCAGCACUGCCCAGCUUCUCUCCUGAAGAAACCACGGCCAACUCCUGCGUCUGAUGAGCUCAGCGAUCACCUCAAACGCACAUGAACUCAACAAACUUUGAGCUUUAAAAAACAAAACAUCUAGAGCUCCAACUGCACUAAAAAUAUACUGGGAAAUACUGGCUUUUAUCCCUUAUAUAGUACAUUACAGUAGAUAUGUAUUUAAUGGAUCAUCUAUUUGUAUGUAUGUUGUUCAAUAAAAAAAAAAAAAUCUAAAAAUCAUAUAUAGCAUCACCUGUAACUAUAUGAAAGGAAAUAAUGUACUUUUUUCCUACUAAGUAUUUCUGACGAGUAUUAGAAAUGAAUGAUAUUUCGGCUCUGUUGAACGGUCUUUGUUUAAAAAAAUGAUUUCACAGAAUCAGUAAACUUGCUAAUGCUAAUGUACACUGCUUAAUCUGUUAAUUAUUAAAUAAAAGCAAAAAAUAAAAUACAAUGAGGAACGUAUAAUGUAAGUGAAUGGAAUUGAUCCUUAAACUUUGAAAUACGCAGUGUUUUAGUAUAGCCUUAACACAUAAUAUGCAUAUUAACAGGUUUUUAGCAUUAAAUAUUAAUUAUUACACUUUUCUAUGUAAAGUUAAAUGCAGUUUUACAACUUUGUUGGCAUGACAAUGAAAAUUUAAACUAUAUGGCCUGGUUCCCCAGACAGGGGUUAGAUUAAGCCAGGUUUAAUUCAAACAUUUAAGUAUCAUUUAUAAAUGUGCCUUUGAAAAUAACAAAGCAAUGGCACUGACAUAUUUUAAAAUCUACUUUGGGACCAGGCUUAAGCCUUGAGUAUGAAACUGGGGGUGUAACAAUAUAAAAAAAAUAAUUUUAGCAUUAAGGUCAACAUAAGUGCUUUUCAAUAUUUUAAGCCUCAUUCUUUUUUUAGUUGUGACGCAUUAAAGCCUUGAUUUUUAUGGAAAUGAGGGUUAAGUUGAAAUAUAUUUUGUCAACAUUAUCACGCAAAUUAAAAUCUAUAUAUUUCUUAUAAGUAAAAACAGAAAUUUGGAAAGUACAGAUAACUUUCAGUGUUACAAAUAACUUUACUUCUCUUUAUUUAAAAGUCAAAAAGUAGCUGAAAAAAGCACACAAAAAAGCCCAGGGCUGGUAAAAAUGUGGCCUAAUGUUUAAAGACAGCACACUUACUAAAUAGAUUAAGUGUUUUGCUCAAGAACAAAGUAAUAAAUGGCUACACCUAGAGGAACAUAAAAAAACAUUUUCAUUUAAAAAAAAAAAAGAAAGAGUUGACUGUUGACAGAUAUACAGCUCUUUUGUUUACACUAAAAACUACAAACUAAAGCAUAUCUGAAAAAGAAAUACGCGUUAAAAUAAUAACCAGUUUUCCACACUAAUCACUUUGUGAAGUUACACCACAGUUAACUAAAAUUUCAGAAGCUAUUUUUAUUAAACUUCUUUGGGACUGAUGACCAUACUGAGAAUUUAAACUUCUGCUUGUUUUUCGUGGAUUUGUUUUUUGUUUUCUUUGACGAAAUGUCUGUUUCAUAUGAGUCAACAGAAUUGUCGAAAUACUGGCUAUUUCCAAACAGGAUUCUUGAACAAUUCCUGUUUUUAGUCCCAUCCCCAAACGAGUAGGAGAAAGGAGAAAGUAUUUUACCAUACUAAAUAAAUGCAUAAAUAAAAUAAAUAAAUGAAAUAAAAAUACAGUUCAGUGAAUAUCCACACUGUAGUUUAUUGUGGGGUUCCCCUUUGCUUGUUGCCUAGGGUGUUACACAAUCAUUCGAGAUUAGUCAAAUUAAAAAAAAAGAGGAAGAAAAA